AUGGACGCCGACAAUCCGCAAGACCCUGGGCAGCCGCCCCAGCAGCAACCGUCAUGGCCAGGCGGCGAUGCUCCCGACAAGGAGAAGAUGGACCAGAUCCGAGCGCGACGUCUUGCCAAGCUGGGCACAGCGGCACCCAAGCCCGAAGAGCCCACAGCCGAACCAUCGGCCUCGACGGCCUCCGCUUCGAAGCCACAGACCGAGACAAAGCCCAGCCCCAUCACCGUCAGAAAGACUGGCAGCGCACCAGACAGCAAAGAUGGUUCAGGUACCGCCCGCCCCUCCCGCAAGCGACCAGCGUCGAGCGAUGCUGACGGCCUGGCUCAAGCCAAACCCUCUCCUCCCCCAGCAGCACGGAAACCCGCACCGACGCCGAGUGCGCCCGAGUCGGACGAAGACUACACACACCGCGUGCUAUCGCAGAUCUUCCGCGUCACGCUCGAUCCGCAUACCACGUCGACACCGACGGGGCAGCGCCUCAUGUUCCUGCCCAACACAAACGCCGAGGCGAACGCGUCGGGCGAUCCGCUCAAGUUUUCGCUGUCGAAUCUGGACCAAGCCAUAAUGGAGGCGGCCUCUACGUGGCCCAAGGGGAAACCCCUGCUGGACUACCUGCUUCCGUGCUGGAAACGUGCGGUCAAGGCAGCGAGCUCAGCAAAGGGGUUGAGCCCCGCCAGGGUCGUCGUUCUGGAGGAAGCAAAGCGGCUGAGUCUUAGCAACUGUCUCUUCUGCCUGACCGUGCCGGAGCUGUUUGGUCGAGACGAGAACGCAAUGGCAGACACACUGGUGCCGUACGUCUUGCGCGGGCCGCUGGAUGAGAACGGGCUGGACCUCAGGUUCUACGAAGACGCGAUCAAGAGAUUUGACGAGGACGAAGAGAUCCCCAGGCUCUUCACGAGGACCAUGACCACCAUCAGCACACAGCUGUCGAACAUGUCGAUGGAGGGUGACUACAAGCCGCACAUCCAGGCGCUGCAGACGUAUGCGCGCUUCCCACCGCUGCUGCAUAACCUCGCGCAAGACGCCAUGUUCAACAUGGCACAGUCAGCCCACAAUAUCGAAAGGCACACUCUACUCGGGCCCUUCUUCCGACUGUCCCCUCUGCAGCCCGAGGUGAUCAAAAGCUACUUCCCUGGGCCGCGGACCCUCGACAAGGGACGCAUCGCCAACUCCCAGGAUGCGUUGCGCAUGGUGCUGCGGUCACAUCAGGACGACCUGUUCCAGAUAGCCAACGCCUUCAUCCGCUCAGGUCCCGACACGAGGAACCGUACCCUGGACUGGUUCGCCUACAUUAUGAACACGAACCACAAAAGGCGUGCACUCCAGGUGAAUCCCAAGGAGGUGGCCUCGGACGGCUUCAUGAUGAACGUGACGACCAUUCUUGACCGUUUCUGCGAGCCUUUUAUGGAUAACGACUUUAGCAAGGUGGACAAGAUCGACGUCAAGUACUUUAAGCGCCAGCCGCGUGUGGAUAUCAAGGACGAGACCAAGAUCAACGCGGACCAAGCGGCCGCGGAAGAAUACUACGCGCAGCAGGAGCCCGGCGACUCCAACUUCAUCUCGGAGGCCUUCUUCCUGACGCUGGCGGCGCACCACUACGGCAGCGAGGCGACUAAUGCGCAGCUGAAGAACAUGGACCGCGAGAUCAAGUAUCUGGAGAAGCACAUCAAGGCCAUGGAGGCGGAGCGGCCCAAGAUUGCCAACUCCCCGACGCAGAUGCAGAUGUUUGAAGUGGCCAUGAAGCGGCACACCAGCGUCCUGGAGAAGGCCAUUGGGUUGAAGAUGGCUAUCGAGGGCGUCCUCCUGGACGACCGCAUGCAGGGAACAUCACUACGGUUCAUGCGCUACGUGGCGGUCUGGCUGCUGCGCCUGGUCACAGGCACCGACUACAAGCCCGGCAACGAGAGCGAGGCGAUCAAGCUGCCGUUGUCCGUCGACCGCAACGGUGCCUUUGCGUGCCUGCCCGAGUAUGUGCUGCAGAUCAUCGUGGACAACUUCAAGUUCAUCUUCCGCUACCUGCCCAACAUUCUGCUCAGUGCCGUGGGCGAGGAGCUGCCUGCGCUCUGCAUCACCCUGCUGCGCUCCUCGGACUACAUCAAGAACCCAUAUGUGAAGUCGUCACUGGUCACACUCCUCUUUUCGGGGACGUGGCCGUUUAUGCACUUGAAAAAGGGCGUCCUGGGCGACCAGCUCGUGUCACUCCCGUUCGCCAACGACUACCUUCUUCACUCGCUGAUGAAGUUCUACAUUGAGUGCGAGUCGACGGGCGCCAACUCGGCAUUCUACGACAAGUUUAACAUUCGCUAUGAAAUCUUCCAGGUCAUCAAGUGCGUGUGGGUGAACGACGUGUACCGGCAGCAGCUGAUGCGCGAGAGCAAAGUGAACAAGGCAUUUUUUGUGCAAUUCGUAAACAUGCUGCUCAACGACGCCACCUACGUCCUCGACGAGGCCUUUACCAAGUUCCCCAAGAUGCGCGCGCUGGAGCGCGAGCUCGAGGACCGAAGCAUGCCAGCGGAGACGCGGCAGAAGAAGGAGGAGGAGCUGCAGACGCUGGGCAACCAGGCCACGUCGUACAUGCAGCUCGCGAACGAGACGCUGGAGAUGAUGAAGCUCUUCACCGAGGCGCUCGGGGAGUCCUUUACGAUGCCCGAGAUUGUGACGCGGCUGGCGAGCAUGCUCAAUUACAAUGUGGAGACGCUCGCGGGCAAAAAGGCAGCUGCCGAGCUGUCCGUGUCCAACCGGGACAAGUACCACUUUCGACCCAUCCAGCUCAUCUCCGACUUUGUCGAAAUCUACCUCAACCUCGGCAGCUCGCCGGACUUCAUCCACGCGGUCGCCGCCGACGGCCGCUCGUACAAGCCCGAGGUACUGGAUCGCGUGUCGCACAUUCUGGAGAAGAAGGGCCAGCUCGACGCCCAGGGUCUGGCGCGCUGGGCCCAGCUCAAGCAGGCGUUCAUCCAGGCCAAGCUCGCCAUUGACCAGGCAGAGCUCGACCUCGGCGACAUCCCCGCCGAGUUUGAGGAUCCCAUCAUGGGCGACCUGAUGAACGACCCUGUGCUGCUACCGAGCCAGCACAUUGUGGACCGCUCGACGAUUGCGCAGCACCUGCUCAGCGACCCCAAGGAUCCGUUUACGCGCCAGCCGAUGACGGUGGACGAUGCGAUUCCACAGUCGGAGCUCAAGGAGAGGAUUGAGAAGUGGAAGGAGGAGAGGGUGCAGGCGGCCCGGGACAAGCUGGCGAGCACCGGGACGACGGCGGGGAGUCAGGAUGACGGGAUGGAUACCACGGAGGGCUGA